AUGUUGAACAUAUCAAAAUUUGAUUAUAAUCUGUAUUAUUUGAGUUCAUCAUCAAAUUAUGAUUCAGAUUUUGAUUUUUACGUAUCAGUUAUGGAUCGUGCUUAUCAAUUACAAUAUUCACAAAUUCGUCUUAUUAAUGAAAACUUCGUUGAUCGAACAUUAAAACCAUUAUUUGAAUCUUACACGUUUUAUUCUACUCUACAAACACCAGUCGAAUUAAAUACUCGUAUAUUUAAUUUACAAAUUGUUGAUUAUUAUGAUCGUUUAAUAUUACCAUCAAAAUUUGAAUUUGUUAAUAAAAGUUCAGUAUAUCUAUUUACAAUUCAAAAUAAUGAUAUUGUUACAUUAAAAACAUUCUCACAUGUUCGAUAUCCACAACAAUAUGAAUUAUUUAUUAAAGCAUUAUCAACAAAUUAUACGACCAGUACACGAAUUAUUGUAACAAUAUUACCAGAUAAUGAACAAAAAAUACGUUUUAUUAAAAAUCAAUAUGAAUUUAGAAUGAAUGAAAAUGAACAUGAUGGUUUUCAUAUUGGUACAAGUUGUUUAGAAGAAUCUUCUUCUAAUGUUGAAUAUUCUUUAGUAUCAACACCAUUGACAAAACAAUCGUGUAUUCGACAUAUUCAAUUAUCAAAAUGUCAAUUCUAUUUAAAAGAUAAAUUUUCAAAUAAUCUUGAUUUAUGUCAGUUUGAAAUUCAUGCACAAAAACAAUUAACAGAAAAUAUAACAUUAAUAACUUCAGCCAAAGUGAAAAUAUAUAUUGAUGAUAUUAAUAAUAAUAAACCGAGAUUUUCAAAAGAUAUUUAUAAAAUAUAUGUAAUGAAAAAAAAACUAUUAGAUAAUGAUGAUCUGUUAUUAUUACGAGUAUUUUCCAUUGAUCAUGAUACUGGUCUAAAUGGCUACGUUCAAUAUCAAAUAGAGCAAAAUCCAUUUAUCGAGAUAAAUGAGACAAAUGGAUGGAUAUCGAUUAAAAAGAAUCGUGUCAAAGAUCGAUCUAUGAUAGAACAUAAGAACUAUUUACUAUUGAAGUUGUAUGCACAAGAUUCUGGUUUACCAUCAUUAAAUACCACUGGUCUACUGAAUAUUACAUUCGAUAAUUAUGAUAAUAACCAUGUGAAUAAAAGUAGUCUAGCAUUUUGUUCCAAUCGACAAAUCGUGAAUAUAUCCGAUCAAAGUUUACCGGGUAAGUUUAGUAUUGUGGAUGAAUUUCAUGAAGCUCGUACCAUUUUAUACAUGACUUUUGUGGUUCGAUUUAGAAUCAAAUAA